CCGUGCGCAAAUGGAACCAGAGGAGGGCUGUGCUGUGUAGGCUGCAGUCUACUGAAGACUACUGAACAUCUCUGCCUGCUGCGGGACUGGAAACCACAGGCUGCAGCUACAGCCUUGACUUCAUCUACCACAGAUUUGUAUGAGGAAAACACAAAUCUGACGGGUACCCCGCUUGGGAUCUCUCCAACAAACCUCCUCCUCCUCCUCCUCUCAUUACUGACCAUCUCGGACCACGGAUGCAGAGCGCGGCAGCGAUGCGGCGGCUCUGCUGUUGACUCCUUGGACCCCCUUUCUUUUUUUUUUCUUCCUCUCUCUUGUGUUUUUUUUUGGGGGGGGGCCGGUUUUUAAUCUAAAGGAGGCAGAAUAAAUCCACCAUGAAGCUCAAACCCAACCAGACCAGGACAUACGAUGGCGAGGGCUUCAAGAAACGAGCAGCAUGUCUGUGCUUCAAGAAUGAACGUGAGGAGGAGGUCCUGCUGGUCAGCAGCAGUCGGCACCCAGAACAGUGGAUCGUCCCCGGAGGUGGGAUGGAGCCAGAGGAGGAGCCAUGUGGUGCCGCGGUGCGAGAGGUGUUUGAGGAGGCCGGUGUGAAGGGCAAGCUAGGACGUCUGCUCGGUGUGUUUGAGCAAAACCAGGAUCGGAAGCACCGGACGUAUGUGUAUGUGUUGACUGUCACAGAAACACUGGAGGCCUGGGAAGACUCCGUCAACAUAGGUCGUAAGAGGGAGUGGUUCACCGUGGACGAGGCCAUCAAAGUGCUGCAGAGCCACAAACCCGUCCACGCCGACUACCUGCGGAGGCUCCAGCUCAGCUGCUCCCCAACCAACGGAAACUCCAUCCUCCCGAGCCCACCACCCAACGACAACUACCCCCAUUACAGCGCUACGGCGACCUCACCCUCGACGGGUAACGUGUUAGGCUCAUCCUGCAGAUAGGACUGCACCUAAACCGCGUGGGCUGUCCAGCUUGGACGGUUCACUGAAAGUCUGUACAGUCUUGCAUGAAUAUAAUGACUUUUCAGAGUUGCGGGUCUCCUGUAUGUAUCAUUUCUAGUCUUAGCUGCAGGACAGACCAAAGCCAUCACCAGAACUGUGUGGGGAAACUCGUGUGACGGAGCAGGAGACGUCUCUGACAGAAAGACUGUGGAUAUCUUAACAACACUUUUCUUUUGCUGGCACCAGACCGAUGAGUUGAAGCUUGGGAGGAGGAAGCUGCAGACUCAGCUGGCGUGAAUGACCUGGUGAAGGGAUGCCUUACAGAAAUUUUGUAUGAAUGUUGUAUUUGGGUUGUUUUAUCUCACUAAAGGUUAAUUUUUUAUUUUAUUUUUAGCAGAAUGGAAAUGCCUUCUAUUCAAUUAAAGAGUGAUUGACCCCAAAACACAUCAUUGCGAGGAAUGUUUCCGGACUUAAUAAUGUCUUUGUCAUCAACCCAUGAUGAUAACAGCAUAGAACAUAUUUUACAUGGAUCCCCCCCUUUUUUUUUUUUUUCUACACACCAGUGCAUUGAUCAGGUUUCCUCUGUUGUUAAUGUAUGUGGGAUUUUCUUUACACCAUUUAAUCAUAAAUGAUCGACAUUUUCCCCAACUUUAAGGGAAUUUGUCUAAAAUGAUAAGCAACCCCAACAUUAAAAAUGGAUAAUGACAUUAAAUAAAGAUAUAAAAAUAUAUUUUACACAAUUACAACUAACAAAAACAAAAGAACAGAAUUAAAUAAAAAGUGUUAUGCCAGAAAUGGCUUGCAGUGGUAAAUGCCAGGGACAAGGGUGAAAGGUCAAAGACGUAAUAUCUCAGGAUAGCGCCAACUGUCAGUGAGUUGAUUCCUCAGUAAACUGGAUUGGAGUCGUGUCGUUGUGCUUGGUAUCCUUUGACACAACACUGCUGUGUUUAUAGUUAAACUUCAGUCAGUACCCACAGAAGUUUCCUCUCCACUAACCUUGAUUGAUCCAACAAACUGGAAUGUUG